AUGUUAAUUUUUAAUAAAGAUUUCGAUAUUCGAACUAAUACUAGGUUUUAAUAAUUUAUAGUACAAUACAUUGAGAAAGAUUAUUUACAAUUGAAUAAUAUAUGUAGAUGUAUAGAAUGCAAUGAGUAACAUGGAUUCAAUUGUAUGAAAACAUCUCAUGGAAUUAUGUUUUGUAGACCAUAGAUACUUCAUGGUAAUGCUUCGCAUCCACAGUUAUUUCUGCUAUCUAUGCUUCACGUCAAUUAUUUUUGUUAUUGUUACAAGUAAAUAUAAAACCUAAUUAAUAAGAUAACUGUUUAUGUUCAGUUUUUAUUGCUGUUUUCUAAUUGUGUACUGUAAUUAGUAAAAUGUCUGCAAAAGUAAAAUAGAAACUCCUGUUUCGAUUUUAGCAUUUUGUGGUUAUGUGUAUGAAAUAGUACUGUAGUUCCGCAUCAUUUAAAUCAUUUGGAAUAACGCAAACAAUAAACAGCACAAUGGGUAUACUGAGAGAACCUAUGGAAGUCGAAACUGAUUCAGAUGAAGACUACUCUCUGGACAAAAUUGUAGAGAGGCGCGCUGUUAAUGGAGAAGUAAGGUAUUUUUUAAAGUGGAAAUGUACUAAGGUAGACUCUAAAGUAGUGAAAAGGAACUUGGAAUGCCCAGUCAUAAUGGACUCCUUUGAAAAAUCAUCAAAAGAAAAGAAGUCAUCAAAAAGUGAUACAAAGGACAAGAAAAAAGCAGUCACAAACUGUACAACUUCUGUUGUUGCAGAUAUAUCAACAGAAGCAGAUAAAAGAAAGGUGCAACAUUCAAAAACCUGUAAAAGUCAUUUACAAUCGAAGAAAGUAGAUGCAGAAGAUAAAUCAAAAGAGAAAAAACAAAAACAUAUAACUUCAGAAGAAUGUUUACAUCAAGAACACAAAAGCAAAGAGGAAAAACCGCCUUCAAUAAAGCACAAUCAACAGCCAGACAUUACAGAAGCAUCUGAUAGUACAACAGUGAUCACCACAAAUAAACAUGGAAGUUCAAAUCUGGCUGAAACGAGUGCAGAAAAUGAAAAGAGCCCCAACUCAUAAUCUAACAGGAUCUCAGGUUUUAAAACAUCGUAUAAGGUAUGCAACUUUUUUUAGACUGAAAAAAGGCUUUUUAUAGAAAUUGGAAUGUUAAUGGCAAAGAGUUUACUACUAUAAACACUUUAACUAAGUGCUUAAAAACUGUUAAAUAUAACAUGUAUUUUUUGUUUUAAUUUCUAAAAAAUAUGGGAUAAAAUCUAUAAUCAAUAAAAAAACAGUUACUCUUUU